AUGUCCCGCGACGCGUUCGCCCUCGCCACCCCCCGCGCAUCGUCGCUCACGGGCAAGAAGCGGCCCCGCGAGUCGACGGACAGCUCGGAUCCGAGAACAAACUCGCUCCGCGCCAACCGCCGCACCAAGUCUGUCAGCGAGGCAGGACGCACCGCCGCCGACGCAAAGGACCGCGAGGCCUUCCAGCGCCAGCUCAUCGGCGUGUUCGUCCCCCGAGCCCUCAAGGAGUCGGCAGACGGCAACAUGGCAAACUACAACGACCUGCUGGCGCACUUCCUGCCCACUGCGCUGCAGACGACGGUGCCGCUCGCGCCCAUCCUUCCCCUUCUCCGCGCGUUGACGGCACACGUCUCGCUCCUGUCCCCCGAGAUCCACUCGUCGCUCAUCUCGGCGAUCGUCGCACUGCCUUGGGCCGCCGGCGACGACCGAUUCGUCAAGUGCUAUGUCGGUUUCGCUGGUGUGCUCGUCAGCGCGCACCCAGUGUGGGCAAAGGAGGUCGUCGGUAUGGCCAUCAGGGGUCUCACAUGGCAGCCCAAAAUCGCGUCCGCUUCCUCGACCCCCAUCACUCGACGCGCCUUCCAUGCCCGUCACCACCUGCUCAUCUCGCACCUCCUGUCGCUCAUUCCCACGCUCCCCAACAUCAUUCAGCCUCUGCUGAAUCGCAACUCGCCUCACAAGCGCGAGGAUGAGGUGUGCCAGACGACCUGGGUCCGCAACGCGUGCGAGAUGAUCGAGUACUGCCCCGAGUUGGGCCCCAGAGUGUGGUCCGGCCUCGUCGACCGAAUGCUGAGGAUCGACGUCGAGAUCACCAACCGUGUCGAGGACGACGAUGAGGAUGACGACGAGGACGACGACGACGACGAAGAUAUGACGGGUGGAAGCGCGCCGGCCAACGACCCCUUCGACCUGCUCAUCUCCGAGGACGUCCCGAAGGAGGGAGACGAUGAUGAGGACGACGACGACGAUGAGGAGGACGGAGAGCUCGACCCCGACGCGCUGUCUUCGGAUGACGAGCGCGAGACCGACGACGAGGCCACGACGAACGCUGUCGAGAUCGCCGCUCAGAAGAAGCGCAAACGCGAGGCCCUCAGGUCGAUGCGCGCAAAGCUGGACGGCAUGAUGUACUACUUCCUGCGCCACAUCGAGGAGGCCAUGGGUGGCCGCGAGCGUGGCCCCUCUGCUGCCGAACUCGCGGCGCUGGGAUUGUCCUCCGUCGCCAGCUCUGGUUCCUCGACGCCCCGCUCGGGGACGCCAACGUGUGGUACCCCGACCAACUCCACACCUCCGGCGUCGGCUCUCCCAGCGCUCCCGACAAGACCAAAGCCCACCCCGGCCCAGUCACUAGCGCACUUCCAGGCCCUCCUCAACCUCUUCUCCCGCCAGAUCCUCCCCACGUCAGCCACCCAGCACCUCCCUUUCCUCCUCUUUCUGGCCUCGUCUUUCUCCCCGGCACACACCGACCUCUUCCUCGGCCUCCUCGUUUCGCAGGCGCUGUACGCCACGACCUCGAACGCGCCGACCCUCGCCUCGCAGCCCGUGUCCCUCACACAGCGGGUCGCCGCCGCCGUCUACAUUGGCUCCCUCGUCUGCCGCGCGCGUUACGUCACCGACGACCAGGCGCGCACCGUCAUGACUUACCUUCUCGCGUACAUUGACGGCAAGCUCGCCCAGGCCCGGGCCGCGGCUUCCGGCAAGGUCUCCAUGGACGAACUGCCCCUCUUCUACGCGGUCUGCCAGGCCGUCAUGCUCACCUUCUGCUUCCGCUGGCGAGCAUUCACGGCCGACACAGACGGCGACGGCGUCGUCGGUGAGCUUGACUUGGACGGAGAGAGCGACACUGGCGAGUCGGAGGGGCGCUGGAUGCGCGACCUGGACGUUCUCCAGCGUGCGCUCACGAGCGAGCUGAACCCUCUGCUUGGGUGCAACCCCUCCAUCGUGAGCACGUUUGCCAAGGUCGCCCACUCGACCGGCUUUGCGUACUGCUUCUCCAUUAUCGAGGCGAACCAGCACGCCACAGCAGGCCGGAGCGCCUCGACAAACUCGGCGAAUGGACGAAGCGCCUCGGCAUCGAGGACGGCCUCGACGACGGGCAACCGGAGGACAUUCUCGCGCACGACCUCAGCACCGGCGGCACCCUUUCCCCCGGCACUCGCUGCCCCGCGUACGGCACGCCAGACCAACAUCGACGCCGGGCUCGACUCGUACUUCCCCUUCGACCCGUACGACCUGCCUCGCUCGGGCGAAUACGUCGAUGCGCUGUACCGCACCUGGAGCGAUGUUGCCGUCGAUCUCGGUGGUGAUAGCGACGACGAGAGCGACUCGGACGAGGAGGGCGACGAGUCGGAGGACAGCGAGGAGAUGGAGGACGAGUUCACCAGAGGCAGAAUGUCGAGCUCGGCCGGCCGCUCGCUACCCAAAAUCAUGCCCAUGGCUGCCAAGCCUGGGUCGUAUGGCGAGCACCGCCGCCGGAUCAUCAAGGACACUGGCCUUUCCACCAGUUUAGAGCAUAUGAGCAUUUCCCCUGGCGCCGCCGGAUUCCACAUGGCCGCCCCAGGGAAGGCAUAG